AUGGCUCAAUAUCCAAAAGGUGUUUGGGAGUUGUUUUCGGACAACCACAGGAAGCCUUUUGCUACAACAGCUGAGUCUCCAAUUCUGGAUGAACCGUGGAGGGAACUACAAUGGGGAAAAAAACAGGAGGAUCUUCGGUAUGUGCAGGAAUACAAGCCUGCACAAGAUGACAUCAGGUACCUUCGAGUCCUCCUGUACGGACCUGUUGGAGCUGGGAAGUCCAGUUUCAUCAACUCUGUCAGUAACGUCCUUCGAGAACGGAUGUCAAAUAUUGCUUUGGCCAGUGCGAUGACCUCUGACAUAAGCUUUACCCGAAAGUAUGAAACUCAUAAAUUCAUUAAAGGACGAGGAAGCUCAAAGACGUUUUACCCUGUUGUCUUCAACGACAUCAUGGGUUUGGAAGAGGGGGACAACAGAGGAGUUCAUGAAAAUGACAUCAAUCUGGCUUUACGAGGACACGUGAAGGAAGGUUACAAGUUCAACCCAGUUUCUCCACUAACUGAAGGUGACCCGGGCUACAACCCGACACCCUCCGCUGACGACAAAGUCCAUGUGCUGGUCUGUGUGAUGUCCAUAAAUGCUUCACAGAUUAAAUCAUCAGUUCUGGAGAAGAUGAAGAACGUCAGAGAAAGAGCCAGUGAACUGGGAAUUCCUCAAAUGGCCAUGAUGACGCACAUCGAUGAAGCUUGUGGUGAAACUGACAAAGACCUGAGAAAUGUGUACAAGAGCAAACACCUGAGGAAAAAGAUGAAAGACUUCAGUGCAGCAGUGGGAAUCCCACUGAACUGCAUCUUUCCUGUGAAGAACUACAGUGAAGAAAUUGACCUGAAAGAUGAUGUCGAUACUCUGAUCCUGAGCGCCCUGCGGAAAAUGAUCGACUUUGGAGACGACUUUAUUGAAAAAAUUUAAACAGAGACUUAGAAGAAACACUGAGGUGAAACAGGUGCACUUAUAUAUACCGUUAAAUUAGUUCUUUUCAAGUUUGGACUCCAGUUCUGGACUUGAGAAGUAAAAAGAACUCAGCAUAAAGCAGAAAAAGACGUUAACGAAUGUUUAUUGUAGUCAUUUCUAGUCA